CGCAUGCGUAUGGAGGAAGUGCAGAUAUGUUGUUACGAAGUGACUAAAAACAUAGUUGACAUUUCAUAAAUGCAAGAUCAGAAGUUAAACUUUGAGAGAGUUUCUUUAAACAGUAAGAAUGUGUGAGCUGCAAGCCACACUCGAGUUCUCCAUAGAAUUCAACAAGUUUUUUAAUGUGGACUUGUUUCAGCGAGGGUAUUAUCAAGUGCGAGCCACACUAAAGACUUCCCCAAAAUUGCCUGCUAAAAUUGAAGUUACGUUGCCAAAAGCUUCAGAUGAAAGCUACGUACUACCUUCCUGCGUUGUAAACGGCACAGCUAUAAGCAAAACAUUCCAGAUUCUGUACAGAAACGAAGAUGUGGCCAUCAAUGACCUUGUCAUGUACAGACUCCAUACCUUGGUGGAUGCUAAUAAGAUCGAGGAUUGUCUGGACAAAGCCGAUAUACAAGUUGUCUUGGAGCUUUGGUUUUCUGAGGAAGAUGGAGGUCCUCAAGGACUACAGGACAAGAUGGAGAAUGUGAGUUCACGGACUCUCCAGCUCCACUUCAGCGCCACCAAGGGGCUGCACCACUACGUCCCUGUGCUGUUCGACUACUUCCACCUGUGUGCUGUAGAGGUGGUGGUCCACGGGAGCCUGAUAGCCAUACAUCAGCCAUACAUCAGAUUUUGGGAUUUGAAGCCUGCUAACAGUGUCCCUAAGCCCCCCAAGUCAGCCUGGUCCAACAAACAGAGCCCUGACCAGCAGCAGUCCACCCUGGAGUCCGUCUACUUCGGAACGCGAACAGUAUCAGGGGAGCCCAUCAAUAAUUUUGACAAGAAGUUGCACUAUGCAAUGAACAUUCAUCGCCGCUUGUGUAAAAUCUUGCUGUCAUCAUAUGAGAGUUUACAAACGAUGUUUUCCAACUUCCUAACACAGAUGCCAGGAACAGAUUUUUCUUUAGAUACCAAAGACUGUCACAAGCGACUAGAGACUGUUGUGAACCACUUACAGAACUUUGAGAAUGAAGAGGAUCUCCUACAGACCGCCACCACGGAUAUCACACAGCUGUGUGCCGAAAACGUCAUCCUGUGGACCCAGUUCAUAGAAGUUGUCUCCCUUGACAAGAACGUCUUGGUACAGCUAGCUCAAGAACAUCACACUGGAAGAGUGAAGAGAUUGGCGGAGGCCUUUUUCACCCACGAGUACGCCAAACCAGAGUGCUUGUCCUGUUAUGAACCAAGUUUUCAUGGACAUGCAGAGUUUGCCAACAUUGUGAAGAGUUCAGGCUGCAUGCAGAGUCUGCCACCCCUGAGGGUGGAGUGUGUCGAGCUGGACGGGGACUACACCUCCCUACCAAUCAUCUUUGAGGACAUUUACUGUGACCAUGCUCCCCCGACAUCAGAUCCCCCCUCGGCGCGUUCCAUUGUGGAACUUUUUCAGGUGCCUACGCCAUCGCACGACUCAGUCGACACCAAUAUGGCUGUCGACUUAGGGGAAGUGCGAUUGGUCGAGGAGAAUUUUGCAACAACAGAGAGACAGAAAGGGAGAGAAAAGUUUGCCAAACCAGGGGACUCCAAACAGAAGCAGAGGAAGAAACUGAUCAAGAGCAUCCGUCCCGACGCCUUCAAGAGGCCCUCCUCAUACUCCAUGUCAGAGGUCGACGCCCUGACGCAGAAAGACGCCCACAAAGACUGUGCUCUGAUUGGCUACAGGAAAAAGGAAACUGGGUCAGACUCGCCGGGGUCUGUGGUGGAUCACUCGGUGGAGCUCGGGACUCUGUGUGAUGAAGCGCACAAAAUGGAUCACCUUUCAUCCUCCUCUUCUAUGCCAUCCCUGUUUGUUAGGAAUUCCUGGAGUAGAACUAGCAUCACCUCUCUACCAGACUUUGUAGAAUCUCCCUACAGCAGACGGAGACAAGUGAAGUCUGCUCUGCUUGCUAAAGAACUCCAACAGAUUCAGGACGAUCUCAGGCCUCAUGGGAAAGACUCCAAAAAUGAUCUCACGUCGGAGAGUUUGGGAGGAGAUGGGAAGUCAGAUGAUAGGGAUUCAGGAAUAAAGAGUGAUUCUAAUUUAAAUUCAGGGGAAGAGACCUCAAGUCUCCUCAGUGAGGAGCAGGUGAUGGAGAAACUUGGACUUAACGAUGUUAAGUGCACUGUUAAUGACCAUUUACCAGUGGAGGCACAUGAAGAUGAAGAGUGGUACGUAAAUAAAAAGGAGAAAAACAAUGAUAAUGUGAGUGAUGACGAUAGACAUGUGCCUAAUGGUCAUGAUGCUGUGGUAGAUACACAUAAGGAUGGGGAGGAGCCUGAUUCACCGCAGAAGGAAGUGUCACCACCAGGCAACAAAGCGGUGAACGGUUCGAACAGAUAUACCCAAAGUCUUUCAAGGGAUAGUGGCAUCGUCGUUCAGGGAUCGAAUCACGAGGAACCAGGGUAUGACAAAAAGUUAACAGUCAUAGAAUUUCUUAAGCAAGAAUAUGACAGAAUUCCUAAGUCUUCAAUAGGGCCACAUGGUGGUAGCCCGUCUAAAAGGCCAUUGGGUAAGAUGAUGUCUGUUGAAGGUAAAUUGAAGGAGAAAUCAUUAUUUCAACAUCGAGCAGCCAGUGAUACCAAUCUUAUAUCCAGCAUUGAUAGGGUCUCAUCACCCCCAGAUUCAAUGCAAUCCCAUGAUUCCGAGUCGGCAUAUAGCAGCCACAAAACUCGAGUGUCAUCCUCAUUCUCAUAUCCUGAACUUUCCAAAUACUCGGAUCACGAUAGACCCAAGCUGGUCACUCAGAUCGGCCACAGUACUCUAAGUUUUGUCAAGUUAAGAGAACAGCUGAAAACAGAGAUGCAGUAUCAUGGACAACUCUACAGUGAGUUUUCAUCCCUGGCAUCAGUGCACCCGUACUUUCAUGUCAAUGAGGAGAGUGGAGACGAUGGGGAUGGGGUACAUUUAGUGGUGUGUGUUCAUGGAUUAGAUGGAAAUAGUGCUGAUUUAAGAUUAGUAAGGACGUACAUAGAAAUGGCAUUGCCAGGUCAUAGAAUAGAAUUCUUGAUGUCGGAGCGUAACCAGGAUACUUUUGCUGACUUUGACUUGAUGACUGAUCGACUAGCCAAUGAGAUUAAUAGUUUUAUCGAAUUAUACGGGUUUACACCAACACGUGUGAGUUUUGUGGGACAUUCUCUCGGAAACCUGAUUAUACGAUCUGUGAUAACUCUACCCAAGCUUAGUCACCUGAUUCCUAAACUGUAUACAUUCCUGUCCCUCUCUGGGCCUCACCUGGGGACUCUGUACAACAACAGUGGGCUGGUUAACAUGGGGAUGUGGUUUAUGCAGAAGUGGAAAAAGUCUGGGUCUCUACUGCAGCUGUCACUCAAAGAUCACCAAGAUCCCCGCCAAACCUUCCUGUACAAACUCAGCCAAAAACAAGGUUUAGAGUUGUUCCGCCAUGUCCUAUUAGUUGGAUCAUCUCAGGACCGUUAUGUUCCGUACCAUUCGUCAAGAAUCGAGAUGUGCAAGUCAGCUCAACGAGAUAGUUCUGUAAUGGGUGCAAUAUAUAGUGAAAUGGUGGCCAACAUCUUGACCCCAGUAGUCAAUAGCCCCAGGUGUAAACUGGUCCGCUACGACGUAUUUCAUGCUCUACCGAACACUGCCAACACAAUCAUUGGACGUGCAGCUCACAUUGCCGUUCUCGACUCAGAACUAUUUAUAGAGAAGUUCCUGACUGUUGCUGGUUUAAGAUAUUUCAAAUGAAUGCUGUGUUGAUUUCAAUUAAUCUUUUGAUUUUAAUUAAGUUUCUGUGCAUUAUUUGAAUAGAAACACUGUUACUCAAGUCCCAGAAUUUUGUAUUUAUGUCUGUGAUAUGAAUAUUUUUCAUAUUUGCGCCAAUUUUAUUGAUGUUACAUAGCUUUUCAGCUUCAAUUUUUUUCUUUCUAAAAUUUACUUAAUGAAAAACGAAACAAUUCAAGUAUUAUUCUAUAACUAAACAUAUGAGGUUUCUGGUGUGUUUGUGUCAUGUUGAGUGUUUGUUUGCAUAUUUUGUGUACAUCUAUAAGGAUGGUAUAGAUAUUGAUUCAGUAUGAAUUAUUACAAUGGUUCUAAAGGUAACAAAGAAUAAUAUGAGAUAUUGUACAUUUUGACAAUGAUUUGCAGUUUACAGUGAUAUGAUUUUCUAACCAUCAGUAAAGUCUGGUAUCUCUAGUAUUCUAGAAACAGUAUAACUGUAUUAUGGAAUGUAUGUAUACGCCAAUAGUAUGUCCGAGUGUAAAGUGUAAACACAGAGUUUUAAAGUUUACUAUUAUCAUACUUUUAAUUUGUCAUUCUCCCCUAGACUCAAUGACUAAAAACUCAUUGAACUUUUUUAUGUUUCGCGAAUAUAUUAAUUAUUUUCUGUCUGCCAAUGAGAAAGUGAAACUCUUUUUAUUUUGGAGUGAAACAAAUACUGUAGAUUCCUUUUUUUAUGCGAGUACUUAAUUCCGCGAUUCAACGAUUUACCAUCAAAUCGCAAGAACAUAAAAUCGCGAAUGCCGAAAUGUGUCCCAAAAUUAAAAGCGAGAUUUUAAAAUUCGAGAGACAGGCUAUUUAUCGCGAAUAUUAAAACCUCACGUUUAAUUAGGAAUUUACAGUAUGGUACUGUAUGUGAACAUGUGUUUGCAUUCAUGUACUUGAUGAGAUUUCUUUUAUAUAAGAAUGAAGGAGCCAAUCUGGAUGGGGCACGAAUUAUUUAUGAGAGAAAAAAAAUCAGCAGGUUAUAAGCGUAUGCAGCACUAGCUAAGGGUCUGUGCAUUUCAAAGAAAAUUGGUUUUUAUCAUUUUGUUUCACACAAGGUCAUUUCAAAAAAAAAUUUUCAAAAUAAACAUCUUUUGUGUAUUUAUUCACAUAUAAAUUACUAAGGAAUAGAAAGCCAUUCAAAUUUUUUAAAUAUCUGAAUACAUAUAUAGGUAUAUUUUUUUAAAUCCUGUAUUCAUUGGGUUUUAUUUCAGACACAGUUACAAAAUUCAAUAUAGCAAAUUCAUAUGAACUACUGGUACAUAGGUUUUUCAUCAGCUUUAAUGUAAAACAUUUUGAUCAUUGUUGCAAACAUUGAUAUAUGUAAAACAUACAAAUACAGUUUUUCAAAUUCACUUGUUAAUAAAAGUGACACUAUUUAUUUUUGCAAUAUUUUACAUAUGAAAUUAAUAUCAUCAGACAUACAUGCCCAUACACUCUAUUGUGCAAUGUGCCUUAACUGCAUAAUUAUCUAAAUGGGACAUGCAUACCCGUUAUUGGAAUCAACAAAAUGUCUGUCUUUUACAGUCUGUUUAUGAAUGACACAUAUGCUACAUAUAUAUAUAUUUUAGAUGCAAGUUUUGCUCAAUAUGGGGUUGAAACUUUAUUCAAUGUGUAGUGGUAUUUGAACCAUAUUGCAUGUAAUUCAGGCAUUGUAAAUUUUGUUUUUUGAACUUACUCUGGGUUUUUUUAAACAUUAGGAAUUGCAUUCUUUAUUAAAAAAAGGGAUUUAAAAAAUGAAUUGUUAUACAGUUUUUAAAACUGUAAAGUUUUUGAGUUAAGGGGCAUAUAAUUUUUUUUGCCAUGUUCUGCAAAGUCUAAGAAGUGUCUAACUGCAUGCAGGGGUCACAAGCUUAGCUAAUCUCCAUUCCUCAUGGAUAGCACAGUAUUUUCACAAUAACCUGAUGGUACUUCUAUGGCAUUGUAUAUAUGUUCUAGUCCAGGGGAACUAAGGGGCAUUUAGUGCUGAAAGUGGAAUUGCAUUGUUGUAUAGAAUUAAGUGUUUUUGUCUUAUAAAAUAAGAUUUUAAAUUUUUUUUGCACUGAGUCCUGUAUGAAGCCUGUGAUAUGUGCCACCAGUUGUGAUUAUAUAGCUGUAAUAUUAUGUGUAUAGACUUGCAAUUUGAGUGAUCGAAAUCUGCUAUAUUUAUUUGUGUAUCUUUGGGAUCUUGGUAGUGUGUAUUUUUAUAGGCAUGUACAACAAAUUCAUGAUUGUACAUAGAGAUAUUAAUUAUAACGGGCAAUGCAAGGCAUUUUGUUGUCAUAUGAGUAUCUGUUCUUGGAUGAAAUGUACAUGUACAUCUGUAGAGAUAUACUAGGAUAUGUAAGUAAUGUACAUUUGUGUUAUCCAUUUUGAUUUUUUUAUUGUCAAUUCAGGAAUUCUUUGUCAUUCUUUAAAUAUGUCCUUUAUAAGUCCAUUUUUUAUGCACAACUUUUUUCGAGCCGUCACAAAGUCCAUUACUUUCAUAUCAGAUAUUCUUUGUUAUUUUAUUGUGUUGUGGGUGUGAAUGGAACAUUCCUUAUGCUUUUUUGUUUUCUAUUAUAUAACCUUCAUUUUCCUAUUUAAAGAAAAUGCACAUUUUUUCUACUAAACUUUCACACCAAAAAUCUUUGUUUUAAGCUCUUGUAUAAGAUAGGCUUUUGUUCACUCUACUAUUUAUUGCUUAUCUUUUGGAGUGAGAGUGAUUUUUGCAUAACUCUUAAGUUUGUGCAAAGUUACAGUUUGCCUGGAUCUAUAUUGGUUUUUUUUUUUUGGUUGAUCAUAUUUUUAGACACUAGAGAAUAUGUAUAUUGUUCAUGUAGAAAAAAAAUUUGAUCUGAAAAAUCGCAUAAUUAUACUAUUACACAUUUUAAUAAAUAUAUUGAGGAAAAAAGCAAACUAA